AUGGUUGACUUUUUUGGAGUCACAAAUGUUGUGCACUUGGCAAUUGAUAAUGCAGCUAAUUAUAAAGCUGCUAGGCGGUUAUUAUGUGAUAAAUUUCCUUUUAUUUUUUGGUCUCCUUAUACUGCACAUUGUUUGAACUUGAUUUUAGGAGAUAUCGGUAAAAUGGAUAUUGUGAUUGGCUUGACAACACGUGCAUCUAUGGUGACAAAGUUUGUUUAUAAUCAUGCCUUUUUGCUUGCUUGGCUGAGAAAAAGAGAAGGUUGGACUGAAAUUAUUCGCCCUGGGGUGACACGAUUUGCUACCACUUUUAUUGCAUUGAGAAGUAUUCAUGAGCAUAAACAUGAUUUGCAAGCCUUGGUAACUAGCAAAGUAUUUUUAGAUUCUAGAUACUCAAAAGGAGAAAAGGCAAAGGAUGUGACUUUAAUAGUGUUGGACAAUCAAUUUUGGAAUGAUUGUAAAAUUAUGAUCCAAAUUAUUUCACCACUUAUUUGGUUGUUGAGGAUUGUUGAUGCUGAUGAGAGGCCUUCACUUGGGUAUGUAUAUGAUGGCAUGUACAAGGCAAGAAAAACUAUCAAGAAUAUAUUAAUGAAUAAAAAGCCCUUGUAUAAGCCUUACAUAAGGAUUAUCAAGAAAAGGUGGGAUUCUCAACUUCGUCAGAAGCUUCAUGCAGCAGCUUAUUUCCUAAAUCCUGUGUUCUUUUAUGAUAAGCAGAGCUUUUCUAAAAAGCCAGAGGUUAUGGCUGGAUUUCUUGAUGUUUUGGAUAAGACAGUCACUUCUAACAAAACCAAGUUUGUGCAAGAAAAUGAAUGGUGGAAAAUGUUUGGUGAUAGUGCACCAAAUGUUAAAAAAUUGGCAAUGAGACUCUUAAGCCAAACUUCAUCUUCAUCUGGUUGUGAAAGAAAUUGGAGUAUCAUGGAAGAUGAAGAUUCUCCCACCCUUAAUUAUGAUGAGAUAGAAGAAGCUAUGCUUUAUGAUGAUACAAUAAUUCCACAAGUUUCUAUCAAUCAAGAUGAAGGUAAUAAUGAAGGAGGAGGCAAUGAGGUUUCGUCUGGGAGUGGAUGUUCAAUCAUAGAAGGACUUGAUUUGAGAUCUUUUGCCCAAGAAGAUGUUGAAACUUAUAAUGAUGAUGAUUUACGGGAAACUCAUGCUUGGCUUAAUCAGGAUCCACCAAUCUUUGACAAGUCAUGA